ACGUGUUUUCGUAGGCCGGGUUGCUCUUUUAAACACUCUUUGGCAACACGUCUGUUCUCCUAUUGGCCGGCUCACACAUAUCCCACAAUCCACCGGAUGACAACUUCCUUUUUCCCUUCGGCCAUUUUCCUCCCUCGUAGGGAAGUAGGCAGCCAUGGCCCCCAGCCGGAAUGGAAUGAUCCUGAACCCCCACUUCCACAAAGACUGGCAGAAGAGAGUGCGCACCUGGUUCAACCAGCCCGCCCGGAAGAUCCGCAGGCGUAAGGCUCGUCAGAUCAAGGCCCGUAACAUCGCCCCCCGUCCUGUCGCAGGACCGUUAAGGCCGCAGGUUCGGUGUCCCACGAUCAGGUACCAUACAAAGGUUCGUGCCGGACGUGGCUUCACCCUGGAGGAACUUAAGGCGGCUGGCAUCCACAAAAAGACAGCCCGCACCAUCGGCAUCGCUGUUGACUCCCGCCGUCGUAACAGAUCCACAGAGUCUCUUCAGGCCAACGUGCAGCGUCUGAAGGAGUACCGCUCCAAGCUCAUCCUGUUCCCCAGGAAAGCUUCAGCCCCCAAGAAGGGAGACAGCACUGAGGAGGAAGUGAAGAUGGCCACUCAGCUCGCUGGGCCACUCAUGCCCAUCAAAACUAUCCACAAGAAGGAGAAGGCCCGAGUUAUCUCCGAGGACGAGAAGAACUUCAAGGCUUUUGCCAGCUUGCGUAUGGCACGCUCCAAUGCUCGUCUCUUCGGCAUCCGUGCGAAGAGAGCCAAGGAGGCUGCCGAACAGGACGUGGAGAAGAAGAAGUAAAAAUAGUCCCUAUCGAACUUUGCAAAAUAAAGUGUUCAAAAAGA